AUACUCACCACACCCGGCGCAAGCCCAUUUCGCAGAUCUGUUGCGAAUCUGUUCGGGAAUCGAGAAAUGCCCAGAGCGUCUCAGCGCGCGAAGGCGUUCAGCGAAGAUGAAUGCAAGGUGCUCGUGGAGGAAGUGGGGAAAACCGCGGGGAAACCUCUGGUGUCCAUCACGGAUUCAUCCCCGCGAACGAUCCAAAGAAAGGCGUGGGAAGCCGUCGCGGACAGCAUGGCCAACGUGACGAACAUCAGGAGAACGGGGGAGGAGAUCCGGGAAAAGUUCAAGCGAAUGCUGCAGUCCGCCGAGAAACGACAGAAAAACGGCGAACCGCUCUCCACCAGGGAGACCCGAGUCCUCGAGUUGUGCGGAAGCGCCAGAGGCGACAUCCUCCCGGGGGAUCCAGGAUCCUCUGCCGGAGGGAAGGGAAAGGGCGAUGGAGACGGGGACGCUGCAGACGACGAGUCUUCAGACGACGCCGGCGAGUCGCCGGGCGACGGCGCGGCGAGGCGCGGAGCGAAGAGACCCGCGUCCUCCGACCGGCCCGGGACCUCGAAGGCCCCGAGGAUGGAUCCGCAAGGAGGCUGCGAUUCCGCGAUCUUGGAAGCGAUCCUGCAGGAAUUGAGGAACAUCUCUUCCUCCCUGACGACGCUCGUGGAACGGAAGUGGUCCCCCGGGAAGGGGAGACUGAAGCUGACGCUCCAUCCUCAGACGGCCACCGCCCUCUUGGAUGGCGCAUCCUCGAGCAAACGAAGUGAAAAUUCAUAA